AUGCAAAAAAAAAUCCCUGAUACAGUAGAAGUAAAAAAAAGGAGUGGCUCUACGUAUCUAGCAUACAAUGUUCAUAUCAAUGGUGCUUUUCAUGCUGCUGUGAGGUUUUCAGACUUGUAUAAUUUCAAUGAUCAAUUAAAGAAGAACUUUGGUGGUAGAAUUUCAACCCCCUUUCCUCCAAGAAAGAUUUUGUCUCUUACUCCAGUACAAAUUGAAGAAAGAAGAGAACAGUUAGAGAAGUACUUGCAAGAUGUCUGUCAAGAUGUUGAUAUUGCAUACAGUGAGAUCUUUUCAAGCUUUCUUAGAAAUUCUCAAAAGGAAUAUUGCAAUGCUUUGACUGAGACAGUUUCUUUGGAUAUAUUUCUAAUGAAUGGACAAAAGAUCUCACUAAAGGUUGUUUCUACUGACAGCACAGAUGAUGUACUUGAGGCUGCCAUGUCAGAAAUUAAUUUGAGUGAUGAUUUGGUGCACUACUUUGCAUUGUUUUUAAUAAAAAGAGAAGAAGAUGGUGGAGCUUCAAUUGUGAGAAAGCUUCAAGACUAUGAAUCACCAUAUCUGAGUAUGCAGGAACUUCAGGGGACUUAUAGAAUUGCAGUUCGCAAAAGCUUUUGGGAUUCUAAGAUAGAAGACAAAAUUCUAGAGGAUAAGAUUGGAAUGAACUUAUUAUAUGUUCAGGCUGUAAGUGACAUUGAAAAAGGCUGGGUUGUUGGUCCCAAAGAGGCCUACUCAAGACUAGCUGAGCUAAAACAGAGUGGGUCAAAAAAGGAGUAUCUAAGACUUGCAAGAAUGAUGAAAUACUAUGGUUUUAUACAAUUCAAGCCUUGCAUCACAAAUUACCCAGAAGACAAUACAAGAGUACUUGUGAGUUGUGGUGAAAGAGAGCUUAACUUCAGACUUCAAACAUCAGAUCAUAAAGUACAAGAGGGCAGCUUUAAAGUAACACGAAUGAGAUGCUGGAGAAUAACAUCAUCGACUAUUUCAGAUGAAGAUAAUAAGAAAACAGAUGAAAAUAUGGAGCUUGCUUUUGAAUAUUUGUUAGGCAAAGACAACUUACAUUGGAUCACAGUGUACAGUGAUCAGGCAAUACUGAUAAGCAUGUGCUUACAGAGUAUUGUUGAUGAAAUCUUGAGACUUAAACAAGGCAAGCCAAUUAAGAGUGUCAAGAAAAAGAGCACAAAGAAAAGAAAUGAUAGAUAUGAAAGGUGUAACUCUAUAUCUUCAACUGCUUCCAACGAGGGUGAAGAAAACAAAUCACCUAAUUCAAAUGCAGAAUCAACUGAAAACAAGACUUCAAGUCCUUCUCCUUCAGUAACAACAAAGAAAAAAUCACAGAAACCAGCUGCUCAGAACUAUUUACCAGUACCACAAAAUCAAGUACCAACAUCUAAAAACACCAAAACAAAUGAAGUUUUUGAGGGGAUAGGAGAUGAUGAUCUGUAGCUCAACACCAUUAUGGUAACCUGUCCAUGCACAUUACUAACUGGGAAUUAGCACAGAAAAGGGAUGCAAAAACUUAGUUACACUGCUUUAAACACAUAAAGCUCAAAAGAACAUUUAUACUAGAAAUAUUUUUCUCCUAAAUCAAGAUUAUCAAAAGAGUUCCUCAAUAAUAAUUAUUGAAAUUCAGAUCAUUCCAAAUUACGAUAAUGUAAGAUGUUUUUGAUGGACAUGAAUUUUCAAAAGAAGGAGCUUAGCUUUGCAUUUUCAAUUGUUGAGAUGUACAAGAUGUAUGUCUUUAUGUUUCUUUAGAGAUCAAUGCAACUGCUACACAAAUUCUUUUUACAAAUUUACCAUAAAUYGGCUUACAGUAUUCACCUCCAUACUGUAGAUUUACUACCAAGAAAUUUUAUAAUAGAUUUUUUAUAUGUAUGUUAUCRCAUGUGUCAUUGCAUUUAGCAUGGAACUAUUGAAUACCCUGCACUCAAAAUACUCUAUGCUUAUCUUUGGACCAGAGGUUCCUGAACCGCACUUGGCAGAAAAAGUCUCUUAAAUAAGGCUUAAUUGGCAAAAGUAUCAGGGUAACACAUUUUCAGAUAGUCCAAUAUUUUCUUUAGUGUGGAUCCAAAGUAAUAGCCAUGCAAUUUUGCAGUGAAUAGCUUUCUUCACAGGUUCACUCUUGAAAUCACAAAAGUGUAAAUGAAAACAUGGUGCAUGCACCUGUUCGAUGCAUUUGAUGCUUGUUUUUUUUUGGGACAUAAUAUGUUAGAAUACAGGAAGCCCAGAUUAUAAUUUUGGUGCAUGGAUAUUAUCUAUUUAAAAACAAGUUUUGAAAUAUGUAAAGAAACAAGUAGCCAAUUUUGAUUGGAGCAGAUUAAGGUUUUUUUCCUGGUGCAGUGUAUUCGAUGAUUACUCUACAUUUACAUGUAGUUCAAAACAAUGUUGCAUGUGAUAAUAAUAUUAGCUAGCAUUGUCAGCCUUGACAUUUUGUUCACACAGAACCAUUAAAAAAUAUAUCAUUCCAUGUUUAGCCAUAAAUAUCUGUGCAUUAAAAUCAUUACAAAGACACAGAACCAGGAGGAAAUAGUUUUCAACUUGGCAUUGAAAGGCUAAUCUGUCACUUUCCUUUUGGGUCUAAGUGAACAAAAAAUAUGUACAUUGUGAGUAAUGACUGUAGUUUUCUAUACUUUUACUAGCCUGUGUACAUCCGUUUCUCACCCCUCAAAAAAUCGGGGAGA